CCUGAAUAUGCGCAGGCGCAGUUCCGGGAAUGUAGGGAUUCUUGCCUGUCCUUUUUUUUUUUGCAGCGGUUUUGGCUUUUCAAGACUGACCAAAAAGUGAGAAUCAAGGUGGCAAAAAGAAUGGCGUCUGAGCGCCUAACAGCCUUGUCCCAGAAAUUAUUGACAUUGCAAGAUGUGGUUGUAGACUUCACCCAAGAGGAAUGGAGCUUGUUGGAUCCUGCAGAGAAGGACCUUUUCUGGGAUGUGAUGAUUGAAAACUAUGAGAACUUUGUUAUCCUUGCAUCUUUCCAAAAGUUUCCUCAUGAUCAAGAGCUUCUAGAUUCCAAACCACUUCUGAUUUCUCAGUUGGAGAGAAGAGAAGCACCGUGGCUGCCAGUGGGAGAAGUCCUAAAAGGCAUUUAUGUGGAUUUUCUUCCUGAACAUAAUACAUUUGGACUGAAAGGCAGUCUGGAAUCAAUCCUCGCUGCAAAACAGAAAAUUACUGAAAAAAAACUGUGUCCAUGAGUAUGACGACCUUGGGAAGAGCUUGAAUCUGUUUUCAGACCCAAGUGAACAUAAUCAAAUCUGCUUAACAGAGAAACUAUCUGAGCAUAAUAAAUGCAAGAAGCCCUUCAUUCACAAUUCAAAACAUAUGUAUUUCCAUCAGACAUAUACUCAGGGAAGACUCUCUAAACAUGAUGAAGUUGGCAAAAGCUUCAGCAUCAGUUCACAGUUUCCUGAAUCUCAAAGUGAUGAGGAUAAAAUUUUUGAAUUUGAUGAACAUGGGAAAGCUGGCCACAGUAGACAAUACCUAAGUGCAAAUCAAACAACUCAUACUGAAGAGAAGCCCUAUAAAUGCAAAGAAUGUGAAAAAGUCUUUAGCUCCUGGAAAAACCUUUUUGUACAUAAGAAAAUUCAUAGUGGAGAGAAAUCCUAUUUAUGUAAUGAUUGUGGCAUAGCCUUUAAGCAGAAGCGAAACCUUAAAAUCCAUAAGAUGAUUCAUGCUGGACAGAAGCCUUAUGACUGUAAUGUGUGUUUGAAAGCUUUCAGUAAAAAAUACUAUUUAGACCAACAUAAAAAAAUCCAUACUAGGGAUAUGCCCUAUAAGUGUAAUCAUUGUGGGAAAGCAUUCUUCCAGGAAUCACAAUUUAUUAAACAUAAGUUAAUUCAUACUAGAGAAAGAUCAUUUGGUUGUAAUGAGUGUGGGAAAACUUUCAGCAAUAAACACUACCUAAGCAAACAUAAAAAAAUUCAUACUGGAGUGAAACCCUUCAAAUGUAAUGAAUGUGGAAAGGCCUUCAGCAGCAAUAGCUAUCUAAUUCAACAUAAAAAAAUUCAUACUGGAGUGAAACCCUUCAAAUGUAAUCAGUGUGCAAAAGGCUUUAUGAGUAAUAGUUAUCUAAUUCAGCAUCAAAGAAUCCAUGCCGGAGGGAAGCCCUAUAAAUGUUAUGAAUGCGGGAAAGCUUUCAGCAGUAAUAGCUACCUAAUUCAGCAUCAUAGAAUUCAUACAGGUGAGAAACUGUAUAAAUGUAAUGAAUGUGGGAAAAUUUUUAUUAGUAAUAAACAACUGUCACAACAUAAAAGAAUCCAUACUGGAGAGAAGCCUUAUAGCUGUAAUGAAUGUGGAAAAACCUUCAGGCAGAUGGGACAUGUUGAAACACAUAAAAAGAUUCAUACAGGUGAGAAGCCUUUUGAAUGUAAUGAAUGUGGGAAAGCCUUUAUCAGCAAUCAACAGCUAUCACGACAUCAAAGAAUUCAUAUUGGAGGGAAACCCUAUAAAUGUAAUGAAUGUGGAAAAGCGUUCAGUAGCAGUAGCUACUUAAAUCUCCAUCAAAAAAUCCAUCCUGGAGGGAAGCCCUAUAAAUGCAACGAAUGUGGAAAAGUCUUCAUCAGUAAUAAUAACCUAAUGCAGCAUCAAAAAAUCCAUCCUGGAGAAAACCCCUAUAAAUGUAACGAAUGUGGGAAAGUCUUCAGUAGUAAUAGCUACCUAAUUCAACAUCAAAGAAUUCAUACUGGAGAGAAACCCUACAAAUGUAACGAAUGUGGAAAAGCCUUCAUCUGUAAUAGCUACCUAAUUCAACAUCAACGAAUCCAUACUGGAGGGAAGGUCUAUACAUGUAAUGAAUGUGGAAAAGCCUUUAGCAGCCAUCAAAAGCUCACUCUUCAUCAAAGAAUCCAUACUGGAGAGAAACCCUACAAAUGUAAUACAUGUGGCAAAGCCUUCAACAGUAACAGCUAUCUCAUUGAACAUCAAAGAAUUCAUACUGGAGAGAAACCUUAUAAAUGUAAGGAAUGUGGCAAAGCCUUUAGACAAAGUUCAUCACUUAUGCAACAUCAGAAAAUUCAUACUGGAGAAAAACCCUAUAAUUGUAAUGAAUGUGGGAAGGCCUUCAGGCAAAGUUCAUCCCUUAUGCAACAUCAGGUAAUUCAUACUGGAGAGAAACCCUACAAAUGUAAUGAGUGUGGGAAAGCAUUCAACAAUAAUCAAAAUUUGUUACGACACCAAAGAACUCAUACUGGAGAGAAGCCCUAUAAAUGUAAUAAAUGUGGGAAAGCCUUCAGCAGUAAUAGCUACCUAACUCAGCAUCAAAGACUCCAUACUGGAGAAAAGCCCUAUAAAUGUAAUGUGUGUUGGAAAGCCUUUAACAGUAGUCAAAAGCUUUCAAGACAUCGAAGAGUCCACACUGGGGAAAAACCCUAUAAAUGUAAUGAAUGUGGGAAAGACUUCUGUACCAGUUCCAGAUUUGAAACACACAAGGCAAUUCAUUCUGGAGAGAGACCUGUUUAAAUAUAAUGAAUGCAGGAGAGGCUUUAUGUUUGAGUCAAGACUUAUGCAGUAUGAUGUGAAAUCAUAAUGGGAAAAAAUCUUAAGAACUUAAGUGAGUGUGAAAGCCUUUUGCAGAAAGGGAAAUUGUAAUAUACACAAGAAAACUAAAGGCUCAUAAGAAACCUUUUUAGUGUAUUGAGUGUAGAAAACUUGAUUGAAAUCUUAAAGAACAUGACUUAAUGCUCCCAGAGGUGCAUGAAAUUCACAGAAUAUUGUAAAGCAAUAGUUGUUAUGCAUCAGAGUUUUACAUAUUGUUUAUACAUACUGAAAAUACAUUCUGGAUAAUGAAUGUGUGCAGACUUUUGAAUAAAAGGCCCAUAAGACACUUCAUACUAAAGAGAGGAACUUGUUAAAUAUAAUGAAUGUUGGAAUGCAAACACCCUGAAUCAGGCUUUUGCAUAUAAGAAAAUUGUUGUAAAGAAUUAAACAAUUUUUUUCCAGGAAACUUCAGCUAUGGGGGACAGCCAGGUGGCACAGUGGAUAAAGCAUGGGCCCUGGAUUGAGGAGGACCUGAGUUCAAAUCUGGCCUCAGACACUUGACACUAGCUGUGUGACCUUGGGCAAGUCACUUAACCCUCAUUGCCCUGUAAAAAAAAAAAAUUAAAAAAAAAGAAAGCUUCAGCUCGAGGAAAAAAAUCUUAGAAAUUAUCAGAUAAUGCUGAUCAGAUUCUUUAUGAAUAAAAUUCACAGUUCCUGAGAGAAUUCAUAAUAAAGAUUAACUGUGCAUUUGUUAUAUUGAAAUGAUGGUUUGAAAAAAAUUACAUAAAAGAAGAAAAAGAUACACAAAAUCACAAAGUUUCAGAGUUUGAGGGGAUCUCAGAGAACAUUCAGUCCAAACUUUAUCUGAACAAGAUUGCCCUGUAUACCAUACACAUCCUCAUCCAGCCUUUGUUCUUUAAGGAGGAGGAAGCCACUGGUUCUUAAAGGAGUCAGCUCCACUUUUAUAUAUUAGGAAGUUUUUCCUUAUAUCAAGCCUAAAUUUGCCUCUUUGCAACUUCCAUCCCUUUUUCCUACUUAUACUCUCUGGGCCCAAGAGAACAAUCCAAAUCCUUCCUGCCUGUGAGAAACCAUCAUAUGCUUGAAGUCAGCUAUGAUAGAUAGUCUGUUUUCAAUUCUUCAGAUAAAAUAACUUCAGUUUAUCCUCACAUAACAUGAACUAACACACAGUUCACCAUUUAGGUUGCUUUCCUUCAGGCUCCUUAAGAUUAUCAAUGUCUUUCCUAAAAUAGGGUAUGCAAAUCCUAUGACAGAAUUCUAAAUGUAUUCUGACUAAUGUGCACAUUUGCAAUACUCUCACUCCUAGUCUUAUUUCUCUCCUAAUGUAACCCAUAAGACUGAAUUUUCUGUUUUGGCUGCCCUUACACUCUUUGACUCCUUCAUGAGCCUGUCAUCCAUUAGAAUUCCAGAUGGUUUUCUUAUGAUCUAUUUCUAGCCAUACCUCUACUUUGUACUUAUGCAGUUGAUAUUUUGAACUCAACUGUAAAAUUUUCCAUUAUUUCAUCAUAGUCAAUUUGGCCCAAUGCUGUUGGAAGUUGAGAUCUUUUGGAAUCCUUUCUGUGAUUUACUGCCCCUGCCACAUUUGUAUCAGCUGCAAAUUUGAUGAGUAUGGCAUGUACACCUUUAAGCCAUUAGUUAAAAUAUUAAACAGAUCAGUGUCUAGCACAGAUCCCAGGAACAUUGCACCAAAAAUCUUCUUCCAUGAUGACUUAAUAAUUAUUAUUAUAAGUAGCAUUUAUUUGGUGCCUACUAUAUUCCAGGUGCUCUGUUAACUUUUUAAUGAAGAGUAUCUCAUUUGAUCCUCAUAACUCCCCCAGGAAGUACAUGCAAUUAUUACCCUCAUUUUACAGGUAAGAAAACUGAAGCAAAGAGGUUUAGUGACUUGCCCAAGAUCACACAGUAGGUAUCUAAGGAUUUGAACUCAGAUCUUCUUGACUGCAUGGCCAGUUUUGUAUCUACUGCACCACCUAGGUGCCCUCAACUUAUACCCACUGACAUAAAGUAAAACAAAAAGGUUAUUCUACAUCAAAGACAAAGUGUCAGAUUUUGUCACUAGUUACAGUAGUGUUAGUUGCCUUGAGAGAGAAGAAUGACUAAAUUCUUCUUAUGUCCAUCUUUCUAUUAAUACUCAGGUUAGGGUAUUCUAGGUGCUAGAGGAGAUUAAAUGAAACAUGGUUCAUGGCUGUAUGUAGCUCACAGGAUCCAGAGAGGAGGCAGGAGACAUGACAUGUGCAUGUGUCAUACAUGUAAUACAAAAUAUUACAACUAAUACAAAAUGUUACAUGAGAUGCAUGCUGACUGAGAGGGGAAUUCAAGGACAUCAUUGCCUGAGCCCCAACUUCCUUGUAAAGGAGAGGGGCAUUUGACUUCCAUAGAAAGCAUAACCUUAUAACCAAACCUCCCAGCCAGUAAGAUUUCUAGGAUGGCACCCACUUUGAGAGAUGUCAUGUCAUCAACUCCCAAGUUUCAGAUUUCUUGAGUUUGGGAGUUCCUGGGGUUGGAUCUUCUAGAGCAGUAAUAUCAGACUCAAGUAGAAUUGGGGACACUCAGUAGGACACAAGGAUCUAUGCAGGUUGCAUGGUGACAUAAAGAAACCACAGGAACGUUAUGUUCUAUUGUAUUUUUAUUUGUUUUGUUAAAUUCCCUAGUCCAGUUUGAUCUUGUUUGGACAACACUCUGUUGUGGUGUGUUUGACGCCUCUUUUCUAAAGAGAGAUUUCUUGAUGGGUCCUACUAUUGGUUGAAGGAAAAAAAAUGUCCCAUGUGGUUCCUGUGAUGCAUCCUUCCUAUGUGGAGUGCAAAGUUGCACUCCAGAAGUCAGAAGAGGUUGAGACUACAGGUAGUGUGCAGCUACUGCCACCUGUAUUUGUGGAAAAGUGUACCCCAGGAAAGAUGACUUUUCUUACCAGGUCAUUUCAGUAAAUAGCUUUUGUUCGUUGACUGACAAUUGAAAGGUGCUUGUGAGUUGUAGUUUUAGGAGUUCUAGGUUCUAAAGAGUACCUAGAACCUGUGGUAACUGACUCCAAGUGCAAGUUCAGAAGACCUACAGGUGCAUUGCCUCCCAAUUCUAAAUCUGUGAUGCUGUGAUACAUGAAUGGGAGAUGCACAUAUACUGGUUUGUGUUUUGUUCUCAACCUGGCCCUCUCCUACCUUUCCUGUUGCAUUCUAUGGUUGGUCUAUUGGUCUAUCCUGACCUGCUUACUGUUCCUGACACAACCUUCCCCCUUCUCUCUCUCUCUCUUUCUCUCUCUCUGCCUUUGUACUGACCAUCCCCCAUAUUUUGACUUGUCCCCCUUGGAUUCCUGGUCUCAAAUGCCACCUUCUGAGGAACUCAGAUUCUGGUGCUUCUCUUCCCAAAAUAACCUGUCACCUUUGUAUCUUGUGACCACCUUUAUUUACACAUGUAUUAUUUAUUAGAAUGUAAGCUCUUUGAAAGCAAAGAUUGCUUUUGUAUUGUCUUUGUAUCUCUGGGACUUAGCACAGUGCUUGGAACAUAGCAAGAGCUUAAUAAAUGCUUUCUAAUUCAUUCAUUCAUUGUUGUCCAAGUGGAGAAGAAUCGUUGCUUUGUGGGGAGAUCAGGGAAGGAUGAAGAGCAGAGUUUGUAUUUGUUCUGGGUCAUAAAGAAUAGGGGAAGCUUGAAGGGAGCAAACAUUAAGCACCUACUAUGCAAUUGUGUGUGUGCGUGUAUGUAUAUAAACGCACACAUAUGUAACCUUUUUAAAAAAGCUAAAAUAGAUUCAGUUAAAAGGUAAAUUAGGAAACUACAUUAUGAUAAAAGGUACCAUAGAUGAUGAAGCAACACAAAUACCAAACCUAUAAGCACCAAAUAUAUUGCAACCAAAUUUUUAAAAGGAAAGUUAAAUGGAUUAUAAGUAGAAAUAGAUAGUAGUACUGUAAUAGUGGAGGACUUCAAUCUUCUCCUCUCAGAAGUAGACAAAUUUUUUUCUUAAUAGUAUUUUUUCCCAAUUACAUGUAAAGAUAGUUUUCAACAUUCAUUUUUGCAAGAUUUUGAGUUCCAAAAUUUCCCCCUCCCCAAGGUGGAAAACAAUCUGAUAUAGUUUAUAUAGGUAUAAUCAUAUAUACAUAUAAUCUGAAUUUAUCCUCACAGAAUCAUUGGGAGUUAUAUUAUACUUAUUUUACAGGUGAGGAAACUGAGACAGGUAGAAGUUAAGUUACUUAACAAGGGUCACACAAUUAGUAAGAGUCUAAGGCUCAUCUUCUUUACUCCAGGACUAGUAUUUUAUCUGCUGCAUCCCCUACUUGAUACAUACAUUUUUGGACAUAGUGUGGGAAUUUGUUUUGAUAAGACUGGAUAUAUUUGCUGGGCAGCUAUGUGGUACAAAUGGCUAGUUUGCUGGACCUGAAAAUCUGGAAGACUCCUCUUCCUGAGUUCAAAUCUAGCCUCAGACACUUACUAGCUAUGUGACCCUAGGCAAGUCACUUAACCCUAUUUGACUUGGUUUCCUCAUCUUUAAAAUGAGCUGGAGAAGGAAA